AUGACAACUUCAUCCAGCGAAGUGGGACUUCAGUCUCAUCCGAAACCAACUAAAAUGAAGUUGUCACAACUUAUUCUGAAAGAGCUAUCCCAUAAUGACGGCAACAAAUCAACUAUCAAGCUAGUUGGUCUUGAAAUAACUAAAAUAACGGACGAAGAUGUCUCGUUUCUCCGAUCAGUGGAACGAUUAUCAUUGAGGAAAAAUCAUAUUACUUCAUUACCUUCUACUUUUCAUGAACUGAAAAACCUUCGAUAUUUAGAUUUACAUUCAAAUUCACUCUCAGAAAUUCCAUCAGUAAUAUUACAGUGCCCACAAUUAGAAAUUGUGGAUUUUUCCUCUAAUAAGAUUAAGAACUUACCUGAAGAAAUCUCCACUCUAUGGAAACAAAAUUUAAAAGUUCUAUCUUUGAAGAAUAAUGAUAUCUCAACGAUAUACUCACUGAAGUCCAUAAUAUACUUAGAAAACCUAUCAGUCUUAGAGAUUGAUCAAAAUUCAAUACCUCAAGAAGAAUUAGAAGCCGUACAAUCAUAUACACCAUUGACAAACAACAUAACGAGAGAAGAAUAUUGGGCCAUAGCUAUACGAAGGUAUUUAAAGGAUCAUGUGCAAGAAGCAAAAAUGUCUAAAGCUUCCAAGAGAAUGGGUUUUAUUAAUAGUUUAAAUUCCUCGAAUUCAAUGGUUAACACUUCCGGGUCGUCGAUAUCUUUAUCUAACGGUGUAGUGGCAAACAAUAGCUAUGGUACUACUCCAACGAGCACAAAUAAUAAUAGUAAUGGUAACAAUAACACAACGAACAUAAUAGAGGCUUCUGAAGCUGUAAAUAACUCCAACAACGAAUCUAAUACUUCAUUAUUCAAUUCGGAACUAUACAAUCAUUCUAAAUAUAAUGAUUAUUUUAAAAGAUUGUCAAUAUUACCAGAAGAAAAUUCAACUAAUGAGGAACAUAAGAUCCCACAUGCGGAGCUUGUUCUUUCCUGUAGGAAACUUUUAUUUAGUUUCACAGAGUGUCAACAAUCUAUACGGAGAAUUGCUUCAUUCUGUAAAGAAAAUGCUAUUGCUGUCGAUAUUGUAUCUUUGUUAUAUUCAGUUAGAUCUCAUAUUGAUAAUUUAGUGGAAGUUUUACAACAAGCUGAAAAUGAUGAAAAUCCACAAGAUGAAGCUUUAAUAAAAUUAUGCAUGAUCAUAAUUUCUAUAUUUAAGAAGAUUAUUGCUUUACUCCGAAAAAACUUUGAAACAUUUUUCGAAAAUGAUGAUUUAUGUUUUGUUAGAAUGUUUUAUAUGACUCUGUUAUGCUCUUAUACAGAAAUGUAUAACGCAUGGACGUUCAUUAGUUCUGAAAAGCCGAAAGCUACCAAGAAAAAAUCCAUUACUCAAAAGGACUCGUCUAUAAUAUCAUUCCAUGCUGGCCAUCGUAGUAGCAACAGUGCUAACAGCACUACUAGUAAUGGUAGCAGUAACACUGGUACAGUGAAUUACAAAUCAAGAACAAGAAGUAAUACGUUACAAAAUAGAAUUGUUAGCAAUCCAUCCACUUCUAUUGAAAGUACUCCAAGUUCUAUCUUAACUCAAUCAUUAAAUACUAUGGCAGGGAAUAUAGCAACUACUCCAGCAAAUGUAAUGAAGCAAACCAGUACUGCUGUAGGUUCAGUUGCAAUAAAAUCAUCAUCAUCACCGAAUGGUUCGAAAAACAAUAGUAACAUAUUUUGGGCACAUUCUACGAGUGCCCCUCUGCAUAGAAACCAUAGUAUUUUAGGAGAUGAAUCGCCAUCACCAUCACCUUCUGUAAUAACUUCGCAAUCAUUGGAAGAAUCACCUAAGAAAAUGGGACAGCGUUCACCAAGACCCAGUUUGAUAUUGAAAGGUAAGAAUGAAUUGUCGAAUAAUAGUAUUGCCAUCGGCGGAGUUCAACAACAACAACAACAACAACAACAACAAUUGUCUACAUCGCCACCUACAGCUAGAUCUAAAUCGAAUCCAAUUAUAAACAGUGCAAUCAGUGGUACAUUCUUUAACACUGCGAAUACGAAUCCAAAUGCGAAUUCUCCUCCAAGGAUGAAUGCCAGUACAGCGUCCACCACCAGCAUGGUUAGUGCCGGGCCUGGUACAACUGCAACAACGACGGUGCAUGUACCUGCUAUUGCAAAUACACAAAUCCCCACUGCGUCUGUCACUACCAAUACUACCACCACUACAACAACUACUACCACUACUGUGACGCCGAUAUCAUCAUCCGAAGAAGAUGUUGAUUUGAAUUUAUAUCAAACGUUACUUCUCGUAGUAAAGACAGUCAAUGUCGUUUACAAUCAAUUGACCGCUGAGAUCUCAAAAGUUGCUCUUGCAAGUUCCACUGGUCAACAGAUCUUGACAGAUUUACUAGCUACGAAGAUUAAAGAUUUAACAGAUACAUGUUGGCAAGCGAUGGAACUAUCGAAGGUAUUACAUGGUAGGUUAAACUUACUACUUAGUAAAGAUCCCAAUGUGGCAGAAAAAUAUUUAACCAAUGUUGAGAAAUUGAAGACGUGGGAAAAUAUUAAUUCUUUUCUAAAAUCAAUUAUUUCCAUUUUAGCAAAUGCUAAAAUCUUAAUGACUGAAUUACCACAUUUGAAUGAUAUACGACCAAAUCUAGCUUCAUUAGCAAAGAUUACUAAGGAUGUUACUGUUAUUUUGGAUUUGAGUUCAUAUAAAGUUGUUUCCAUGAAUGCGCAGACACAGGCACAAGCUCAGGCACAAUCACAAUCGCAAGCUCCAGCCCAAGCACAAGGCCAGGGUCAUAAUCAAACACAGAUGUAUAGUAAUACACAAGCGCAAGCACAAUUACAGCAACAACAAAUACCUAUUACGAAGGAUUCUCAUGUUCCUUUAUUGACUCCUCAAGUUAAAAUGUCUAAUCAAAACGUGAAUCCAUUCGAACAACAAAUGAAUGUGAGUAAAUAA